GGACAGCGAUCUGGUGUGGUCUACGGUGGAUUAGUUAUAAAAAUCGUUGACCUAACGUAACCGAACACUGUCAACUUUCGUCAAGCUGGGCUUGUAUUGCGCUGAAAUCGUCGACAACGGUAUGCGUAAUGUCUGUGGCCGAGAUGGCAGUGACUGUGCAGACUUAUUGGAGCAAAUAGGUAUGGUUUUGAAAACGUGUUAUCAAACAAGAACAAGACUUGUCAACAACUGACGUCAGCUAGCGAGCUAACGUUAUAGCUGCAGUGCAGUCUCUUGGACCGGAUUGCCCUAACGUUACCCCUGCACACUUUUUAAUUGAAAGAAAGGACUAUUGAGGUCAAAAGAUGUUUUUGGUGGGGUUGACGGGAGGAAUCGCCUCAGGGAAGAGCACUGUGUCCUCUCUGCUGCGAGAGCUUGGCUGCCCCAUUAUCGAUGCCGAUGUGGUGGCUAGAAAAGUGGUGGAACCCCACAGUCCGGCCUACUGCCGGAUCGUGAAGCACUUUGGCCCCGAGAUCCUGCUGGAAAAUGGAGAGAUUGACCGGCAGAAGCUGGGUCAGCUCAUCUUCGCCAGCGAGGACAAGCGGCGCCUGCUUAACUCCAUCACCCACCCAGAGAUCCACAAGGCCAUGCUCAAACAGAUCUUCUUUUUCUUCCUCCGAGGUUAUCGCUACGUGGUGCUAGACGUGCCCCUGCUCUUCGAGACGAGGCGUCUCACCCGCUUCCUUAACCACACUGUGGUGGUGUACUGUGACCCGGCCACCCAGCUGUCGCGCCUCAUGAACCGGGACGGGCUGACCCAGGAGCAGGCGGAGCAGCGUGUGGCUGCCCAGAUGCCCCUAAAUGAGAAGCGGGGAUUGGCCAGUCACGUGGUGGAAAACUCGGGCAGCCGCGAGGACACCCAGCGCCAGGUGCUGCGGCUACACACCACGCUCGAGGACUCUAUGGAGUUCCUGCUGGCCAGGGCCAUCGCCAUAGCGACCGCUGCCGGCCUGGGCGGACUACUUCUAUACGCCGCCAAAUUGCUGGCGUCUUAGCGAAUGGAGUGAGAGUUAGACGAGAGUCGCCCUCCUAUGGCAAUGCAGUGUUGAAUUGUGAUUGAGAUUGCGGCACUUUGAUCUUAAGCCAUAGCACGUAACCGACCAAUGGGCCCAGCACGUGUGGUGAGAGGUCCUAUGGUCGGUUAUGUGUUAUGGCUUGAGUUGAAAGUUCGCAAGCAGUUUGUACUUAGAAAGUGGUCAAGUAACGUGAGAUGUUUUCUUGUGUAAAUUCCUUGUUGCUCUUUGAAUGCUACAGGAAACAGUGAACACCUAGGUUUCCUUGGUUUGCAUUUUAAAAGCCAAUAAGUUAUUUGGGAAAAUAUUUUUGGAGUCACUAGACUGCUUUUUUUUAAAGCAAAUAUAUUUUCUGUAUGAGAUAUCUGGACAGAAUAGUUUAGCAUGGGCUGAGAAGCAAUGCUGGUGAUGUAAGAAUGUUUUUAGCUCAUUGUGCCUAUUUGUUUUACAUUUUAAAGGGAUAGUUCACUGAAAUUGCAUAUUUACCUUUAGUGAGUGGUCUAUGGACCUGGAGAGUCAGCGACCGAAGAUUUUGAUUUCUUAAAAUGAAAUGUUAUUUUUUGCGUACACAGUUUAACAAGUGCUAUAUAGUGGGUGCAGCGAUAUGCUUAUGUUCCUAUCGAUCGGUGCAGUAAAUUUCAACAAGCACACAAUAAUCGCAAAUUUAUUUUAAAAAUGUUUUAUGUAGUACAGCAAUGGAUGUAUAAAUAGUAUGUCAAUAUUAUUAAAGUGACCAGUGGUCAUUGACUAUGUAGUAGUCCCUAAGAUGCAGGCUAGAGUACCCGGUGGUGGCCAGCUACUGAUAGUGACUGAGGGGCAGAGUAGGGUAGUGGGCAGAUAGCACAGUACUGGGUGGAGGCCAUCUAGUGGUGGCUAUUUAACACUCAGUCUCUCGGUCCCAGCUUUGAUGUACUGUCUCUGUCUUCUAGAUGGUAGCGGGGUGAACAGUCCGUGGCUCGGGUGGCUGAGGUCCUUGAUGAUGAUCUUGGCCUUCCUGUGACACCGGGUGCUGUAGAUAUCCUGGAGGGCAGGCAGGGUAACCCCGAUGGUGCGUUGGGCUGACCGUACCACCCCUAGAGUGCCCUGCUGUUAUCGACGGUACAAUUGCCGUACCAGGCGGUUAUACUGCCUGACAGGAUGCUCUCGAGUGCAUCUGUAGAUGUUUGUAAGGGACUUAGGGAUUGAAGAGGCGUUGUUGCGCCUUCACCACAAAGUUGGUGUGAAGGGUUCAUUUCAGGUCUCUGUCAAUUUGGAUGGGGGUGUGCUAUGCUGUCUCCUGUAGUUCACGAUCAGCUCCUGUCCACGAUCAGCUUUUGUUGACGUUGAGGAAGAGGUAUGGUCAGAUUUCCGAAGGGAGGUUAGGGCCUUGUAGCCAUCAAGGAAGGGAGAGUAGCAAUGAACAAGAAUUUUCGCACCAUGAGUAGCAAAGAUGUUGAUAGCAUUAGUGUUAACGGUGUUGGAUACUGUUAGAUUCUGCGUUAAACUUGGAACAUUGUUAUAGUAUCUAAGGAGUGAAAGAGACUGGUUUUUACAUCAGAAGUUAAUGGUUAUCUGUAGGAGCCAGAUGGCUUUGGAAUGUAUUGGAUGGACGGGAAGAAGUCACAGGAGUGCUACUGGGGAUACAGAUGAACUGUGGAUUAGGCAAAUGAGGGGUUGAGGUAAGGUCAGAUCCCCUUAAGGGAGAAAUUAUGGUUUAUUACCCUAUUACUUAGUCUUCCUGUUGAACCAUAGAAUAUGUAAGGAUUUGAGAGAAGGAGGAGUGCCUAAAUUGGAGUUUAUAUACUUGUGGUGGUGGAAACAUGUUUUAUCUGAAUGCAGCUGUAUUGACCCUCUGGGCUUUCAUAAUGUGUGUUUUUACUCUGAGAAUUAGAACCUAACAACACAAAGCAAUGGGAAUGGUAGGGAAUUGGAAUGAAGUGACUGAGUUGAUUUGGGAAUGCUUCGAUCAUGCUACCAUGGCUCGUAUAAGUCUUAUUAUUUUGCACGCAACAAUGCUAAUGCUAAUAUGUGAGAAAGUAAACUCCCAGGUUCCAUCGAUGACUUCCUAUUUAUCAAUAAAAUUAGGUACAUUUGUGAUUUAGGAUAAAUAUAAUUUUAAGGAUGGGGUAACUAUGUAAUAUGGAUAAAGUGGGGCGGCAGCGUAGCCUAGUGGUUAGAGCGUUGGACUAGUAACCGGAAGGUUGCGAGUUCAAACCCCCGAGCUGACAAGGUACAAAUCUGUCGUUCUGCCCCUGAACAGGCAUUUAACCCACUGUUCCCAGGCCGUCAUUGAAAAUAAGAAUGUGUUCUUAACUGACUUGCCUGGUUAAAUAAAGGUUAAUUUUUUUUUUUUUAAGUAAUCAGCUUUUAAAAUAUUUGAUUGACUCUGUGAUGACGCUAGAAUGAAGACAUAGGUGAUGUAUUCAACAAUCCACUUUUCAAACUAAAGAGUUUUCUAAACGGUCGAAGGAAUGAAGAUGAAGAUUUCCUGGAUGCCACUGUGUCUUUUCUAACACUUACAGUAUCUUCUGUACUUUUUCAGUCAACUCUAGUUUUUUUUUUUUUUUUACAUCCGCACACAUGAGGAACUAAAAGAUUUUAUCGGUUUUAUCAGCUGCUGUAAAAAAAAAGUCAAAGAAGAAUGUCAAUGAUCUAUUAUCCAUGUCUGAAAAUAAACAGAACUAUAUUACUACAA